CGGGAGCUGCCUACACCAGUAACUUCACAUUUAAGAACCGAUACAAUACUCCACAAGCAGCGCCACCUGGUGUUUACUUCACAGAAAACUUUGAUGAAAAGCAAUUAUUAAACGACAUUGAGUCGGCUAUGAAAAUUCAAUAUGGAGAAAAUUUCAUUAGCGCUGUCAUCAUUGACACGAAGUUAGAAGAUGGAGAAUUAUCCUCCUCAGUCUCACUACAGUUUGAACAAGAAGAAGAGCUUAUAAACAAGAUAUUUUCUGAUGAAGCCUGUAUAAGCACAUCUGAAAAUGAUGGUUACUGUAUCAUUCCACCCAGCCUUGUUGUGAACAAAACAAAACUGGAAGAAACUAUAUUUGAACCCAUAAAUCAGUGUUCUACUCCAAGAAAAGUGUGUCCUGCUUACACAAGUUGUAAAAAACACAACGGAACCAUUGAAUUCUCCUGUUUUUGUGAGGAACAUUUUAAGAAGAUUCAUGAUUACAAAAUAGGAAAGGGAGGAACUGUUGAGUAUUGUAACGAUAUUGACGAAUGUGCCAGCCCCUCCGUCUGUCCGUCAUUUACAGAGUGUAUGAAUACAAUUGGUAGCUAUUCUUGCCCAUGCGUAGAAGGAUACAAGCCGAAAAGUACCGACGAUGGCCCGAAGGUGACAGGUUGUAUAGGUGUCUGUUCAGAUAGCCCGUGUGGGACAAACGGCGAGUGUGAAGCUACUACAUUACAUAACUUCUACUGCAAGUGUGCCAAGGGCUACACAGGGAUCCGCUGUGAGGAAAGAGAUACUUUUCUGUCAGCUGCUAUGAAAAAUACAGCAAUAGUUGGGACUGCUCUUGGAAGUGUAAUUCUAUUGUUUAUUAUUGGCACAGCGCUUGUAAUUUUCAGGUUAAAAAAAAGAAACCGGAACGAGCAGCGAUAGGAAAGACAAUCUAUUAAGGUGGUUCAGGGGUAAAUCUGUGGAGUUAUAACGCUAACAAUCAGGUUUUGAUACUUGCAGUGAGCCGAGCACAAAUAACACGUCGUGUAGCUUCGCGCUUCACAACAAACAAACAAUUUUUUUUUAACCUUCCGUCCCUGUGAUAAUAGAUAAAAAUGACAACUGUUGACUGAAGAUUAAGAAGUGGAUAGAUACAUGUGAUUGUGGUAAAUUACCAUUUUUCCAUUUAUCAUUCCUAAAUAUAUUCUAUCUAUUCCUUUUCAUGAAAUAUUAGUGUAUUAUUUACAAUUUUAAAAAUUGAUAUCGUUCUUCAUAAUCCUGAUACGUUUGUAUAAACAUCUGUUUUAUUUUCUUGAACAUUUACGUGCAAUAAAAUGUUUGAAAGUU